AAUUGACGGCCAAAUGAUAACAGUGGUGCGACAGCCUCCUCCGAAAAAAGUGCCGCUUGAUCCAUUAAGAGUUCAUGUUCAAGGAAUCAGCGAAACGACCACUAUAGAUUGUUUGUCCUUUUAUCUGGAAAAGUUUGCUGGUGUUGAGGUUGAAAAGGUGUAUCUUGGUGAAAAGAAUAAUGCCCUGGCAGUUUUUGAAAGUGAAACAGACUUUGAAUCACUCUUGCAUAAAGUUAACAAAGAUAAAAAAGGCUUGGAGGGAAAGAAACCGCGGCUGGAAAGAGUAGCAGUCUGUUCAUGUAUUCUGGUCACGGGACUGAAGAAAGAAUCAACUGAUCACACCAUUGAGCUUUAUUUUGACAAUGAGAAACGAAGUGGUGGGAAGGAUGUCUGCAGAGUGGAAAGGAUUAGAAAAGACCAGGCUUUAGUCUUUUUUGAGGAUCAUACAAGUGUUCAAGAUGUAAUUGUAAGGAGUCAGAGGCAGGCGCACAAGAUUGAUGGAGUUGAGUUAGAGGUUACGCCCUAUUACCCUUUCCUCAAAAACGCAGCAUCCAAGACAACGGAGAUGAAGUUUGAUCCAGAUACUUACCAAUAUAUUAGGGUACAUCACAAAAUUGAAUUGCAAACGUCACUCGAGAAGUACAGUGUAGAGGCUGAACUCUCAGAUGGCUCCAUCCUUAUAAUUUCGCCGACGGAAACCAAAUGCGACCCUUCAUGGGAAGAAGGAGCAGAAAGUUGCAAGAAUUUCCUGCUCAGUUUCAAGAAGUCUGAAGUGCCCGUUCCUUCCGAAAUAUAUGAUGAAGUCUCAAAACGCUGGCAAGGUCAAACGCCCUCACAGGGAACAGCCAAUUUUCUGCUCUCAUUUGAUAACCACAGAAGACAAGCAGUAAUUCUUGGCAAGGAGGCUCUCGUAGAGAAGGAAGAGGAAAAGCUGAAGAAGCUGAUCACAGAUGUAAAGGAAAAUUCAGAGCUGAUGAAAACUGUGGUUGAGGUCGUGGAAACUAAUUAUACUAAGUCUAGACUUACUUUGCUCGAGAUGUCAGGCCUGUGUAACAAACUUUCCGAUAAACACCGACAUUUAAGUAUUAAUAUCGACAGUACUGGAGAAAAACUGUGUUUCAAGGGUCCAAGAAAAAAUAUCCAGGAAGUCAAACUAGAGGUGGUUACAUUUAUUUCAAAAGUAAUUGAACGAACGACUGAACAACCGACCGGCAUCAUAGAUGUUUUGAGGCAACAACACGUUUCAAAAUUCAUACAAGAACUAUUUGAAAAGAAAUCUAUUCAGGCCGUAAUACUUCUCGACCAGGGGAGAAGUUCAAAUGAGGUCCAAGUGGUAGGCGUUAAUGAAAAGAACGCAAAAGAAGCAAAAGUUAUUUUGGAGGAUUCCCUCAAGGAAAAAAGUAUCCAUCUUAAACCUGAAAAUGCCCAAGUCAUCAAUGGCCGUGAAUGGAAAGACUUUAAGUCGUCGCUGACAUCAGAGUUGAAAGUUGGAAUAGCAGUAGACGCCUCUGUAAGCAACGUGUGGAUUAGUGGUAUUUUAGAGGAUGUCGAGCAAUGCUCUGAUCAAAUGCAGAAGUUUCUGGAAAUGAAAACCAUAUUUCACAAAGUAAUUCAAGUUGAAGAGGGAACAGGACGAUUUAUAUCAACAUUUUGGAAAAAAAAGCUGGAAGCCGUAAAAGGAGAACUUUCUAACUGCUAUGUUGACAUGAGAGUAACCUCCGAUUACAUGGGGAUAGAAGUUUCCGGCACCACCGAAGGAAUGGCAAAAUGUAUACCAGAAAUUCAUGAUCUCAUCGAUGCUGUUCAGAAAGAGUGCAUGACAGUUAACAAACCGGGAAUGAAGAAAUUUUUUGAAGACGUCAAAGGAAAAAGCAUCCUGAAAUCUGUUGAAGAUGCUAGCAAGUGUGUUAUUUUGACUUCUGAAAACAAUGAAGUCCAAAACGUGCCUGAUUUCACAAGGGAAGAACACAUGGCUGCAGAGUUUUUUUGCAGCUUUUCAACAAAACACGGAAAGACAAUUUCAGUGAUGAAAGGUGACAUUACAAAGGAUCCUGUGGACGCCAUAGUAAAUGCCGCAAACGAAAGAUUGCAGCAUAUAGGGGGUGUCGCGUAUGCCAUCGUGAAAGAAGGCGGAAGAGAGAUUAAAGAUGAAUGUGAUACUUUCAUCAAACAGAAUGGUCCUCUACUCGAUGGCCACGUAUUUGUGAGUACCGCUGGGAGCUUGCCCUGUAAUCAAGUUAUCCAUGCUGUCGGGCCUAGAUGGGAUAAGGGUAAGAGACGAGAGGUAGAAGUAACACAAGAGGAGCGCUACCUGAAACAAGCGAUCAUUAAUGUUCUUGCGGAAGCAAAACAUCUUACAUCACUGGCCAUUGCAGGUGUCAGUUGUGGUAUUUUCGACUUCCCACGUGAUCUCUUUGCUAAGAUUAUCUUAGACACCGUACUCGCGUUCUGGGAAAAGGAUUCAAACUGCCGUCUGUCAGAAAUUCAUCUCAUCGACAAAGACGACCAGACUGUCAAGGCUUUUGAGGGAGAACUGAGAAGAUUUUCUGACCAACAGACGUUUCAUCCCCGUAAAGUUGGAAAAUCUGACUUUGGCUCCGAAGAAAGCCACUCUGGUAAUGCUCGCACUGGUCAAGUGAGAACGGCGCGUGCUCCACGAUCGUUUGUGACCCAAGGAAUUCGCGUAACAGUUAAAAGCGGCUAUCUGGCUGACGAACAGGCCGAUAUUUUGGUUGGAACAGCGGCAUCAAAUCUCAGUUUGUCUCAGAACCCCUGUGCGAGGGCACUCAGUCAAAGAGCAGGACCAGCAUUACAACGAGAAUGCGACAACAGAGGGCAUGUCGCUGUUGGUGAUAUUGCCGUUGUCGAUCAACCAGGAAACCUCAAAUGCCAAGCAGUUUUCUUUGCUGUAUGCUCUGAGUGGGAAAGUGGAAAAGGAAAAAAGGUUUUGAAGAAGAUAAUCCGGAAAUGCCUUGAAGAAGCGACAAGAGCCGGAAUGGCAUCCAUUGCAUUUCCUGCCAUCGGAACAGGAAUACUUGCAUUUCCCCGUACUGAGGUUGCAGAAAUCUAUUUUGAUGAGGUAACAUCUCACAAUAAAAAAAAACCCGUCAACUACACUUAAAGAAGUCAGGUUUGU